AUGGCGGUGCUGCCCAGGAAAAGGAUCAUUGCUAGCUGCGGAGUGCGUGUGGAGACCCCACUGUUGUUAAGAUUUUUUCGAAGAGAUAGAGUGGCGCCACGCUUCAAAAGCGCACGGAAUCCGCGGGAUCGCCGCUACAUCCCUCCCACGGCGACGCGUGACGGCGCAGCCGCCGCCAUGUCGGGCCCUCCCUCCAAUACUCCUCCUCCAUCUACUACUACUACUACUACCCCACCACCCCCGUCGCCUCCUCCUCCAAGUACUCCCGAGCCGUCUUCCUCGUCCGCUCGAACCCCGUCGCUUGCAUCUGCUGAUCCGGACCUGCCGCCACAGCUGGCACCGGUUCUGCCGCCGCCGCCGGCUUCGUCGCUGCCGCCACUGCCGGUUGCUCCGCCGGCCUUUUCUCCUCCGCCACCAGCGACUCCUGCGGCUGCCCCACCGGCACCUUUGCCGCCGGUGCUUCCGCCUGAUCCUCCGGCUGCUUCUUCGCCACCCCCGCAGUGGCCGGUCGCGCCACCGGCCCCGCCGUUGCCCUCGCCUCCCCUGCAGUCGCCGGCGACUCCAUCUGCUCCGCUGGCACCUUCGCCACAGCCACUGACGCCCGCGGCGCCAACUGAUCCGCCGCCAUCGUCGCCUCCUACGCUGCCACCGCCGGCGCCAUCUGCUCCACCCCCGCAGGCGACGCCCGCUGCUCCGCCGGCGCCGUCUCCUCCCCCGCAAUCACCGGUGACACCUGCUGCUCCGCCGCCGUCUUUUACGUCCCCUUUGCCACCUGUGCCGCCAGCUGCUCCGCCGGCGUCUCCUCCAACGCAGCAACCACCGGCGACACCAGCUGCUCCGCCGGCGUCUCCUCCAACGCCGCAACCACCAGCGACGCCAGCUGCACCGCCGGUUUCUCCUCCUAUACCGCAGCCGCCCAUAACUUCUCCGCCUGCACCGGUGUCGCCCACGCCGUCAGCGCCGGUCCCAUCUCCAGCGGGUUCCCCGCCGGUGAUGCCACCGCCGUUGCCCGCGCCAUCAACACCGACGCCAUCGCCGCCAGCGAUCCCCUCGCCAUCGACGCCCACGCCGUCGCCGCCAGCGAUCCCCGCGCCAUCGACGCCGUUGCCCCCUGCGACGCCUGCGCCCACGCCGUCACCUACGCCAUCGCCUCCGAUGCCUCCUUCACCAUCAGCACCCACGCCGGCACCUACGCCAUCGCCUCCGAUGCCGCCUUCACCAUCAGCACCCACGCCGUCGGCCCCAAUGCCGCCUUCACCAUCAGCGCCCACGCCGUCGCCCCCAAUGCCGCCUGCACCAUCAGUACCCACGCCAUCACCCCCGGCGACGCCUGCACCAACGCCCACGCCGUCGCCUCCAGUGACGCCCGCACCACUAACGCCGGUGCCACCGUCCCCAGCGGUGCCAGCACCGGGAACGCCGUCCGCGCCUCCUCCAGUGGCGCCGGCACCACCAACGCCCACCCCGCCGUCUCCAUUAACGCCAGCGCCACCACUGCCUUCGCCGCCUGCCCCCGUGACGCCAGAACCACCGGUGCCGUCUCCGCCUUCCCCGGCGACGCCCGAACCACAACCACCAACGCCCUCCCCGCCAACUCCAUCAACGCCAGCGCCACCAUUACCUUCGCCGCCUUCCCCGGCGACGCCCGAGCCGCCAAGGUCGUCUCCACCUUCUCCAGUGGCGCCACGGCCACCAAGGCGGCGCCCGCCUCCUCCAGGUGUCCCGGCCCCAGUCAUACCACCAUCCCCGAGAAGGACGCCAGAGCCACCGCCCACGACGCCAUCUCCUCCACCUGGGCCAGAUCCUCCAGGGGCGCCCAGACAGCCGCCCUCGCCGCCUCCCGUACCACCACCUCACAAUGGUCGCCCUGCUCCUCCUGGCGUAACCCCGUCGCCCCCAACUGACGGCGGCCCUCCCUCGCCGUCUUCCCCGCCGUCGCUCACACCUCCGGCGCCUCCACCACCGUCGUCGUCGUCGCCAUUGUCAUCGCCGUCGCCAUCAGCUACGAACGCGACCGUGAUCGGCGUCUCCGUGGCCGUCGCGACGGUGGUCGUGCUCGGCCUCAUAGCCGGGCUCAUCUACUGCUGCUCGAAGAAGCGCCGCCAACGCCGGCACGGCGGCUACGGCUCCUCUUCUCCGCCGGGUAAUGUCUACGGUCCCCGGCUGCCGGUGACGUCGUCGCACCAGCAAUCGCAGGCGAAGGUGUCGUCAGCGCCAUUACAGUCCCCGCCGCAAAUGUACUCGCAGCAGAUGUUCCCGUCGUGGCAAACCAUCAGCGGCGGCCUCUCCGGCCCUUUGCGCCCGCCGCCUCCUCCGCCGCCGGUCACUGGCGGCACGGUGUCGUACGCGGACCUGGCCGCGGCGACGGGCGGGUUCUCGGACGCGAACCUGCUCGGCCAAGGCGGGUUCGGGCACGUGUACCGCGGCACGCUGGAGGGCGCCGGGGAGGUGGCCAUCAAGCGGCUGCGGCCCGGGAGCGGGCAGGGAGACCGCGAGUUCCGCGCCGAGGUGGAGAUCAUCAGCCGCGUGCACCACCGCCACCUCGUGUCCCUCGUCGGCUACUGCAUCCAUGGCGACCAGCGCCUGCUCGUCUACGAGUACGUGCCCAACAAGACGCUCGAGCUCCACCUGCACGGGGGUAAUCGCCCGGCACUGGAUUGGCAGCACAGGUGGAGGAUCGCACUUGGAUCGGCGAAAGGAUUGGCCUACCUGCACGAGGACUGUGACCCUAAGAUCAUUCACCGUGAUAUCAAGGCGGCCAAUAUACUUCUGGAUUACAAUUUCGAGCCCAAGGUUUCAGACUUCGGGUUAGCCAAGAUCCAGCCCGCAGACGACACGCACGUCUCCACCCGCGUGAUGGGAACCUUCGGGUACUUGGCGCCCGAGUAUGCUACCACCGGCAAAGUAACCGAUCGGUCUGACGUCUACUCCUACGGUGUCGUGCUUCUGGAACUCAUCACCGGGAGGAGGCCUGUCCUGUCGUCCGAGCCCUACAAUGACGAGACCUUGGUUUCUUGGUCAAGGCCUAGGCUAACGAAAGCUCUGGAAGAGGACAUCUUGGACGGGCUGGUCGACCCAAGCAUGGGCGCCAACUACGACGCCGUCGACAUGCAGCGGCUCAUCGCCUGCGCCGCCGCCGCGGUGCGGCACACGGCGCGUUCCCGUCCGCGGAUGAGCCAGAUCGUGCGGUACCUGGAGGGCCAGCUGUCGGUGGAGGCCCUGAACGCCGGCGUGGCGCCGGGGCAGAGCGAGGUGAUGGAGGACCACGCCGGCGAGCAGCUGCGGCGGAUGAGGCGGCUGGCGUUCGUGCCGGGGACGAGCACCAGGGGGUUCAUGACCGAGAACAACAUCAGCAGCAGCUACGUGAGCGAGCCGACGAGCGAGUACGGACUGAACCCGUCGUCCAGCUCCAGCGACGACGCCGACGCGAGCGAGGUGUCGAGCGUGCACAGAGCGGCGAGCCGGCCGCCGACCACCGCCACCACCGGAUCCAGCGCCACUGGCACGGGGAUGGAAGGACAGAGCUCCGGCGAGAUCGGCGGCGCCGAGGGGAUGAGCCGGCGCAUGCGGCCGGGACGCGGCGGCGCGUGACGGAAGUUGUGUUUUUUUUUAUUCUCGGGUACACACGCAGAGUUGCAGACAAAAGGUAGUUCUAGAAUUUUGUAGCCUCUUCGUACCAUUUUGGUCCUUGGGUUUGCUAGUGAAACUUUUAGUAAAAGGAAACGUUCAAGUGUAGAGUUGCAUUAGUUUUUUAGUAACUUUUCUUCAAUUGAAAACAGGAUAGCAGAUGAAAAGGGCGUAGUCGAAUGAUUCCUCUCAAUCUUUCACGAUCCCCAUUAGCUGUAUGGAACCUUCUUGUUAAUUCCAUCUGCUCUCAG